AUGGGGACUGGGCGAGCACUCAGCAUAUCGCUCGAUGAUGUCAGAGACAAAAACCAGAUGCAGCUUAAGAAACUCAACACGGUCCUGUUCCCGGUUCGGUACAACGACAAGUACUACGCUGAUGCAAUCGCAUCCGGCGAAUUCACCAAGCUUGCUUAUUUCAGUGACAUAUGUGUUGGAGCUAUUGCUUGUCGACUGGAGAAGAAAGAAGGCGGAGCCAUGCGAGUUUAUAUAAUGACUCUUGGUGUUCUUGCUCCAUACCGCGGGAUUGGCAUUGGUUCAAAGCUAUUGAAUCAUGUUCUUGAAAUGUGCUCCAAGCAAAACAUGUGUGAGAUAUACUUGCACGUUCAGACAAACAACGAAGAUGCGAUCAAGUUCUACAAGAAGUUUGGGUUUGAGAUCACAGACACCAUAGAGAACUAUUACAUCAACAUCGAGCCAAGAGAUUGCUACGUUGUCACCAAGUCCUUUGCUCAACCUGAAGCCAGCAACUGA